AGCGUUUCGUCGCUUGUCUAGUACGUUGGGCAUAAUUGAGAUCUGGGUGGUUGGUGAGAUCGUCGGCCGAUGGCUUCGUCGAUUAGGUCUAAUCCCUUUCCCUUCAUUGGUAUAGGAGUUCGACCAUCUACUUCUCCGUCUUUCUUAUGCGGUAAUCAAAUGCAAAAUGAGGUUCCCACUGUGGGUGCUGAAAUAGUACUUGUGAGGGCGCCCCGACGGAGAAAUCUGCGGAGAGUAGGCCUUCCAGGUUCACUCUCCCUCGUAAGUGCUCUCGAACGAAGCAACAGUGGCAGCAAUAGCAGCGAUGGGAAGAAGGGAGGCGUAUCGAAUUCCAACUACGUUGUGCCGCUGGACAAGUCGUCUCCUUUCUCGAACUCAUCAUGUAUAACUCGUCCCCUUGCAGAGAUUCUCCGCGACCUCAAUAAAAGGAUCCCCGAUAAUAUUGCCAAAGUUCAUGUCCAUGGUGAUUCCUCGGCUGCUACCCUGAUCCCCUGGUAUCAUGCCAACAGGAUGCUGAGCUUCUAUGCCCCAGGAUGGUGUGGAGAAAUACGUGAUGUCAUAUUUUCUGACAAUGGGAGUGUGACUGUGGUAUACCGUGUUACUGUGAGAGGAUCCGAUGGAGAGGCGCAUCGUGAGUCGACAGGGACAGUAUCCCCUAGUGAUGGCCCUAUUGGAGAUCCAGUAGCUGCCGCUGAGGAAAUAGCUUUCUGCAAAGCUUGUGCUCGAUUUGGUCUUGGCUUGUAUCUGUAUCAUGAAGAUUAAAUGCCCAGACAAUUUAGCUUCGCAAGAUUUGCUUCUGUUUGAGAUGUUGAAUUGUUAGGGUUUCUGUUAAAGUUAUGUAAAUGACUCAAUAUAAGAAGGCAAGGGUCCUGCGUCAAAUACUUACAACUUGAAUAUGGUUACUGGGAUGUAGAAGCCCCUUGUGUUCUGAGACCAUAUGUUUACAUUGAACUGACAUUCCUUGCUGCUUAAGCACAUCUGUCCUCCUCAUUACCCUCGAGUUUUAGGUGGCUUUCUUCUGAUCUGGAAAGACAGUCGCCACUAGAGAACAAAUGCAGCAAAUGAAGUUUUUUCUGAGGCCGGGGUUGGUUAAUAGUUUUAAAAAAUGGGUUACAGUGCAAAUCUAUCUCUUAACCAUUUGAUGAAGCUUAAUUUGUAUCUUUAAAUAUUUUUUUGGUGCGAUGUUCCUCCAAGGCACCAAAAUCAAUGCGAUGUAAGCCCAGGUUUUAUAGACUUGAACAUUUGACCAUUAACUUAAUGGUGUUUAUGUGGCAUGCCAUGUGGCAUUCAUGGUAUAUUUUGUCA